UUUCAGAGAAAUGAUUGAGAGAUAAAAUGGAAUUCAAAGCAGAAAUGAGGAAAACUGAAGAUUGCGAACUCACGCAGUGCAAACUAAGGAUUGAUGGAAUGACUUGUCAGUCUUGUGUGAAGAACAUUCAGGGAACACUUGGAACUCUUUCUGGAAUCAAGACAGUGAAAGUGAAUCUUGCAGAAAAGUUAGGAAUUGUGACGUACAACCCAAGCCUCAUUUCUGCCAAAGAAGUACGAGACCGUAUCAAUGAUAUGGGGUUUGAAGCCUCACUUCUAAUUGAAGAAACAUUCUGUGAUAAUAGAGUCAGUCAACCUGUCAAUCUUCAGUGCAAAGUGUUCAUAGAAGGUAUGACAUGCAUGUCAUGUGUGAGGAGCAUUGAGGAGAAGAUUUCCACCCUUCCAGGGAUUGUCAGGAUCUCAGUGAAUCUGAAAAGGAAAGAAGGGACAGUGGACUACAAUUCAAGCAUGAUGACUCCAUCAGCAGUGUGUGAUGCUAUAGAUGAAAUGGGUUUUCAGGCAACAUUGCAACAGGGUUUUGAAUGCAUACCUAUCCUUAAUGGGCCAGCAGGUGAUACUAAAGAAUCUCCUACCAAACUCUUGUCUUCUCCAUCAUUUCCCUCAUUUCCUUCUUCCCCAGUGAAGUCUCUGCCCUCAGAGUCUGGUGUGUACAGCAUCCUGGUGUCCCUCAUGGCUGCCAAGGCUGAGGUUCGUUAUGAUGCAUCAGUCAUUCUGCCAGCACAGAUUGCGAGUGGAAUCUCUGAUUUUGGCUACCAAAGCUUUGUGAUGGAGGAUACCCUAUGUUGUAAUGGAGAGAUUCAAUUGUGGAAAUCUUUUCCUAAUGCAAAUCUACUGAACAAGGAGAAAAUCAUGAAUGGUUUUCAGAUGAUUUUUAAUUUUCUGUUUUUUCCAUAUUUCUUUAGGUUAUGCAUUGCCCCACCUAUAUACACUACCUAUGAGAUGCAAUUGCCAUACACAAUACGAGGGAUGACAUGUUCCUCCUGUGUCCAUGGUAUUGAAUCCAACCUGAAGAGUAAAAAGGGCAUCAAAGAUGCUGCUGUGGCCCUAUCCACACAUUCAGGGAUGGUUUGGUAUGAUCCAGAUAUUAUUGGACCAAGGGACAUCAUUUCUAUGAUUGAGGUUGGCUUUCAUGUCCUGGAUUUAGGUUAUAAAGCAGGUAUGGCCAAAGACAGUGAUCAUCGCUCAAUGCUGGACAACCAAGAAGAGAUCACAAAGUGGAGGAGGACAUUCUGUUUUGCUAUUGUGUUUGCUAUCCCAACUAUGGCUCUAAUGAUCUACUUCAUGCUCUCACACAACCAUGAAGUACUUGUUCCUGGCCUCUCCUAUGAAAAUCUAAUACUAUUUAUUCUUGCUACACCUGUACAAUUUUUGGGUGGCUACCCAUUCUAUGUGGUGGCUUGGAAAGCUUUGAAGCAUGGCAAUGCCAACAUGGAUGUUCUGAUUAUGUUGGCAACAUCUAUUGCAUACAUCUACUCAACGAUUGUACUCAUAGCAACCUUUUUUUUGCAAGAAGCCACCAGUCCAAAGACAUUUUUUGAGACUCCACCCAUGUUGAUAGCUUUUAUCUCACUGGGGCGUUGGUUAGAGAGCAUUGCCAAAGUGAGUUAUCUUUUUGACAGUACUGAUGAAGAAAUGAAUGUGAGCAUGAAUGAAAUAGUUAUACAGCAUCAUGGAAAGACAUCUGAAGCAUUGGCAAAGUUAAUGUCCCUUCAACCAACAGAGGCCACUUUAGUGCAGUUGAGUGAGAACAAAGAAGUUAAAUGGCAGAAGGUGAUUUCAGCUGACCUGGUGCAGCGAGGAGACAUCCUCAAAGUUGUUCCUGGUUCCAAAGUUCCUGUGGAUGGUCUAGUCUUAAUUGGACAUUCAACCAUAGAUGAAUCUCUCAUCACAGGAGAGUCUAUGCCCACUGAGAAGAAACCUGGAUCCCAAGUGAUUGGAGGUUCAAUAAACCAAAAUGGAGUGCUCAUCAUCAAAGCCACUCAUGUAGGGAAAGAAACAGCUCUCUCUCAGAUUGUGAAGCUUGUGGAGGAUGCCCAGACUUCUAAGGCUCCCAUUCAGCAGCUGGCUGAUAAAGUAGCUGGUUACUUUGUUCCCUUUGUCUGCCUGGUGUCUCUUGUGACACUUUUUAUAUGGAUCACAAUUGGCUACAUAGAUAUCACCAUCAUUGAUCCUAAUUACAAUGAGACUGGUUACAGUCACCAUGAAGUGAUCUUUCAGUUUGGU